CCUUUUAGGCGCGGGGCUCAGCCUGCUGGAAGGGGGUUACCCUGGCCACUACCCUUGCCCCCUUGCGUGGGUAUCCCGGGCUUUUCCCAGAGGCCUCCUGGGAGGGGAAAACCGGUGACUCCGAGAGUGGACGCGGGACCCGGGUUGGGGGUGGGGGCCACCCGGAAUCUCCCGGCCUCACCCUCUCCUGGCCUCCCCACUGCAAGUUUCGCUGCCUCAAUUCUGCCUCCAGGCAAGCCGAGGCAUGGCGGGCGGUGCACAGGCUGUGAGCCUCUGCGUAGCGUCCCCAACCGAGCGAGGAUAACCUGUAUCAGCGUGCAUUUGAUGCCUCCCGUUCCCCCAGCGUGGCUGAGUCUGUGACUCCUUGUGAGUCUGUAUUUGCGCCUGGCUUCCUGUGUGCAACUGAAGCCGUCUGGGAUGCAUUUGUUUCUGCCAUGUCCGAAUAAGUCCGUUUCCCUUUCCAGGCCGGUGUAGUUGUAAUUCCCCGGUUUCCUCAUCGGAGUCCUGCUAUUGUGUAACUGUUUCUGCGUGGAUGUGUUUGUGUGGGAACAUGAAAACCUUUGUGCCUGCUUCUAUGUGAGCUUUGGGGCUGGAGGCCCAUGGAGCCGGGGCUGCUGCGGCCAGCGCCUGUGAGCGAGGUCAUCGUCCUGCAUUACAACUACACCGGCAAGCUCCGAGGUGCGCGCUACCAGCCAGGUGCGGGGCUGCGCGCCGACGCCGUGGUGUGCCUGGCCGUGUGCGCGCUCAUCGUGCUCGAGAACUUAGCAGUGCUGGUCGUGCUCGGACGCCACCCACGCUUCCAUGCGCCCAUGUUCCUGCUCCUGGGCAGCCUCACGCUGUCGGAUCUGUUGGCCGGCGCCGCCUAUGCAGCCAACAUCCUGCUGUCAGGGCCGCUCACACUGCGCCUGUCGCCCGCGCUCUGGUUCGUGCGUGAGGGAGGCGUUUUCGUGGCGCUCGCCGCAUCGGUGCUGAGCCUCUUGGCCAUAGCGCUCGAGCGCCUCCUCACCAUGGAGCGCCGAGGACCCGCGCCCGCCGCGCGUCGGGGGCGCACGCUGGCGCUGGCCGCCGGCGCCUGGGGCGUGUCGCUGCUCCUCGGGCUACUGCCGGCACUAGGCUGGAAUUGCCUGGGGCGUCUGGAAGCCUGCUCCACGGUCCUGCCACUCUAUGCCAAGGCCUACGUGCUCUUCUGCGUGCUCGCUUUCGUGGGCAUCCUGGCCGCCAUCUGUGGACUCUAUGCACGCAUCUACUGCCAGGUGCGUGCCAAAGCACAGCGCCUGCGGGCGCGCCCUGGGGCUGGAGAGGGCACCUCCACCCGGGCGCGCGGGACGCCGCGCUCGUUGGCGCUGUUGCGCACGCUCAGCGUGGUGCUCGUGGCCUUCGUGGCAUGUUGGGGCCCUCUCUUCUUGCUGCUCUUGCUGGACGUGGCGUGCCCCGCGCGCGCCUGCCCCGUGCUCCUGCAGGCAGACCCCUUUCUGGGUCUGGCCAUGGCCAACUCACUUCUGAACCCCAUCAUCUACACAUUCACCAACCGCGACCUCCGCCACGCACUCCUGCGCCUCAUCUGCUGCGGCCGCCGCCCCUGCUGGGGAGGCUCUGGCACCUCCCGGAGCCCGGGGAGCACCCUUGGGGCUUCUGGCGGCCUGCACUGCUGGCUACCUCCCGGCAUGGACCGCAGCUCUAGCCGCUCCGAGCGCUCGUCGCCCCAGCGGGACGGACUGGACACUAGCGGCUCCACCGGCAGCCCUGCCGCGCCCAUAGCGGCCCAGACCCUGGUACCCCCGCCCGCUGCAGACUGACGCCCUUUGGCCAGCCGUUGCCCUCACUAAGAGCUCUUUUGCCGACUUCCUUCCUUCCCUUCCCUCUUUCUCUCUUUUUCAUUUUUGGCCUCCCCGCGGCAUAUGGAGCUUCCAGGCCAGGGAUCAGAUUUGAGUCGCAGUUGUGACCUAAGUCACAGCUGUGGCAACGCUGGAUCCUGAACCCACUGUGCCAGGCCGCGGGUCGAACAUGUGUCCCAGCACUCCCAGGAGGCUGCCGAUUCCGUCGCGCCACAGCGGGAACUCCUCGACUUUCUUUUUAAAUUAAGGAAUUUAUGGGAAAAGCCGCUGAAGAUGGUGGAGGCAGAAAAGAUGGAAGAAGAUGUAUUUUAUUGACACUAAACCUCGAAGCAGUGAAGAAAACAGACAAAAAUCCUUGCCUUGUGGAAUUGAUAUUCUGGUGGUGGACAUAGACAAUAACGGAGUGAAAAGGUACGGAGAUAAUUCCACGGACAAUAUAGUGAUGCAGUGGUGGUCAGGGAAUGCCUCUCUACAGAGGUGGCAACAGGUGUUAUGACUUGAGAUGGUCACUGUCCUGGGAAUUUCUGAAGGAUGAGCACUUCAGGGUAGGGUUAACAACAGGUGCAAAGGGUCUGAGGCUAGAAUAUGUGUGUUCUCUGAAAAGUAAGGAUCCCAGUGUGGCUGGAGCUAGGAUGGAGAGGGAGAGUGGGAGGAAACAGAGGCAGGGAAAUAAUGGGGCAGAUUUUGCAGGGCCUUAUGGGACAGGGGGAUUUUCUUUUGCUCUGAGUGAAGUGAGAUUCAUGGAAGGUUCCAGGCAGAGGAGAGACUGAAUUUGGUCCAGAUGUUUACAAAUGCCUCUGGUCUUUGUGGGGUGGGGGGCAAAGCUAGGAGAACAAGGUGCCCUGGACUGACCUAGGUGAGUGAUGAUAAGGCCUCAGACCAUGUGGAUUCUUGAUAGAUUUGGGAAGUAUUGGACCAAGUUACUGAGGCAUUGGUGUGAGAAAGGAGUCAAGGACAGCUCUUCACUUUAGAGGAGAGCCCAAAGACAGGGCACCCCAAAAUCGACUCUGGGAGACUCUGGGAGACCAAUCCAUCUGAAACAAAAUUUCUUUGAAUGUGGUGUCCUACAUAAAAAAUAAAAAUAUAAUCGGA